AUGUCGGCGAUCGCUCAGGCGUUGACGUCGGAGGACGAGAGAGCGAUACAGCUGCACGGCUCGCCUGGCAGGGGAUCGCGGUUGAGCGUCCAGCCAUCAGCGUCGACCUCCUCGAAGCCGUCCGGGACGACAGGUGCCGUCGGAGCGGGAGUCGAGGAGUUCGAGGGGAGCAGGUCGAACGUGAUGGGCAGCUUCGUAACAGGCGCAAGCACACCGCCGCCGCGCACGACGAGCCUUGCGCCGUCCUCGACCCACGACUCGCCCGAACAGUCUCGCUCGCGAGAACCGUCGACUUCGAGCGUUGCAUCGUCUAACGCGGGCCAGAACUUCUCGUGGAACGGAGGCAUCAAUUCUAGGACCCCGCCGCAGGUAGCGACCGACGGGAAUCGUGCGCAGACGGACGCCUUUCCUCCCGCCAUCCUUGCGCAUCCUCCGCAGCUGGCAUCCAGCUCUGCGGCAGCCUUUCCUCCUGCAUCUGCCACCCCUUCUCAGAACUCUACACCUCAGAAGCUUGCGACAGCCAGCUCUUCCUCACAGCCGUCGCCCGCCAUGCCGUCCUUCCCUUCGAACCGCACGCUUGCCAACUCGAACAGCCUCUCCGUCUCGUCGUCCUACUCCAACGUCACGUCCAAUUCUUCGCACCUCCCCGCACCGAACGCUUCGCCCUACCCUCCUUCGGGCGCCUCCUUCACCAGCUUUACCGACCCAGACGGCGUCGCAGCUCUUGUUCAGCAGCUGUACGCUCGCUUGGACGAACAAGGCGUGCCGGGAGAUGGCUGGUCGGAGGGAAAGGAGCGCAGUCGAGAUGGCAUCAUCUUGCGGGAAGACCUCUCGACGGAAGGACUGAACCGCUCAACUGCUUCGAAAGGGAAGCAUGUCGCGCUGCCGAUGAGCCCCGAGGAAGAAGCGAAGGCGGACCACGUGCUCAAGCGGGUCGACCGAUACGGCUUCUUCUCGCAAUCGCACCCAGCGGCACUCGGCAGCCAGUACAACCGACUGGCGACGCUCUCUGCUGCCCCCUUCUCGACCAUUCCGUCUAUGUCCUCAAAGCGGACGCCUCGACCUUCGACGAGCGGGACCACCUCCGCAAAACCUUCGCCAGCCCGACCCGACGCUCGCACCCAUCCGAACCGACAGUCGACCGUCUCACUCCUGCCCUCGACGGACAUCGCCCCCGAAUCUACUGCCCGAGAAACGCGGCGGAUCGACAAAUGGUCGGCGAUGUUGUCCGUCGCUCGACGAGAUCCUGGCGGCAACGCGCAAGACUGGGUUAUCGCCUCGUCUUGGUGGAGCGGGCGAGUACCAGGAGGAGGUGGCGGGCAGAGCGGCAAGUACCGCAAGCUGCAGCGGCGGGUCUUCAAGGGAAUCCCAGACCGCUGGCGGCGGGCGGUAUGGGGCUUGAUGAUGGAGAAGAUGGCGAGCGAGGUCGAGCCAAGCGGACGAAGUCGCUUGCCGUCUCUCGACGAGCUCGAGCGCGAGUACGAGCAGCUGCUCGAUCAGCCAUACGUCCAAGACACGCAAAUCGACCUCGACGUCCCGCGAACGAUUUCUGGCCACGUCCUCUUCCACACGCGGUAUGGGCAGGGACAGCGCGCGCUCUUCCAUAUCCUGCACUCGUUUGGUCUGCGGAGCGAGGAGGUCGGGGGGUAUUGUCAAGGGAUGGGCCCGAUUGCAGCGACCCUGCUGUGCUACUUCGAGCCGGAGCGCGCCUACGCCUGCCUCUCCCGCCUCUUCGAUCAAUAUCGCCUCGAGCACAUCUUCGCUCCCGGCUUUCCCGGCCUCGUCGAGGCGUUCUACGUUCAGGAGCGGCUAGUCGAGCUGCUCAUGCCCGCAGUCCACGCCGCCUUUACCGACAACUUCAUCUUGACCUCGGCGUACGCAACCAAGUGGUACAUCACCCUUUUCGCCAACACCGUACCCUUCUCUACGCAGCUGCGCCUGUGGGACGGCUUCUUCCUCGAAGGUCUCGACUUCCUCAUCGUCACUGCCGUCGCGAUCAUCUGGCACUUCCAGCACGACUUCGCCGCGCCGUCCGCCUCGUUCGAGUCUAUUCUAUCAGUCCUCUCGUCCUAUUUCUUCGUCGAGUCGGACGACGCCCUCCUGCGCUGGAUCCGCAAGACGCUCCGCCUCAAGGGUCUGCGGGAGAGGAUGAAGGGGUGGAGGCAAGAGUGGCAGGGCUUUGUGCGAGACGGAACGAGCGAGGGACGAGUGACCUGA